UUAAAGCGACAGCUGUUGCUGUUUACACGUUUUUUAGUUUCUAAACAAAACACACAACCUGGGAAGAUGACGCCUGCAAGUGGAAAGAGCCAAAGGAAACACUCUAAAUUGAUAUGCCUUCCAGGACAACGUCUUUGUCUGUCCGAUGAAAAUACAGUUUCGGGCCAAGGAACAUAUGAACGAAUGGGCUAUAUUUAUGCCACACUUGCUGGCACGGUACACAUAAACGAGAAGGACAAUUGCAAGUUCAUUGAAGUACAGUGUGCCGGUAGCCAGACCAUAGUUCCCGUUGCCGGUGACAUUGUAACGGCACGCGUUUUACAGGUCAAUCAACGUGCAGCAAAAUGUUCAAUCCUGUGCAUUGGUGAACAUGUUCUGGAACAAAACUAUCGAGCUAUUCUCCGUAAGGAAGAUGUUCGUGCCACUGAAAAAGAUCGUGUGGAGAUGUAUAAGUCAUUCCGUCCUGGUGAUGUCAUAUUGGCCAGAGUGUUACCACAAACAGAAUUGUCUUGUUAUCAAUUGAGUACGGCUGAAAAUGAAUUGGGUGUGGUCAUUGCAAUAUCCAGUGAAAGUGGUCCAAAUGGCCCGCCUAUGGUACCCAUAAGUUGGACCGAAAUGCAGUGUCCAAAUACAUUGGUUAAGGAACCGCGCAAAGUGGCAAAAAUUGUACCCGCCAGUGCAGUUAAGACGGAAAAUUGAAACCAUCGUACGAGCUAGCUAUAAUAGUUUAAUUCUAAGUUUGGAUUUUUUUUUAAAUUUUUUUGGACAAAAAAAGAAAAUUACAAAGAGAAGUCUACAAAUUAA